UCUCUCCGCAUCCAUCCCCAGCAGCACAGCUCCGUUGGUCUUCCUACUCUGCUCAUCUCCUCUUGGAAGAAGCAGCCAUGUCCCGGCAGUCUGUCUGCAGAAGCUUUGGAGGUGGCAGCAGAAGGGGCUACAGCUCUUGCUCUGCCAUCGGCGGUGGCUUUGGAGGAAGUGGUGGCAGGAGCAGGAUCAGCUACAGCUCAUUCUCCACAUCCCGGGGAACUGGAGGCGGCGGACGCUGUGGAGGUUUCAGCAGCAGGAGCCUCCAUAACAUGGGUGGCAGCGGAAGGAUUUCCAUGGGUGGCUCUUAUGGCGGAGGAUACGGAUGUAGAAUUGUUGGCCUUGGUGGAGGCUAUGGAGGAGGAUUUGGCAGCAUUGGAGGAGGUGUAAUUGGUGGAGGAGUAGGCAGCUUUGGUGGCCCUGUGAGAGGUGGCCCUGGGUUCCCUGGAGGCAUCCAACCGGUGCAGGUUGACCCAACCCUCCUGCGGCCGGUCCAUGUUGACAUUGACCCUCAGAUCCAACAAGUGAAGUGCCAGGAGAAGGAGCAGAUCAAGACCCUUAACAACCAGUUUGCCUCCUUCAUUGACAAGGUGCGCUUCCUGGAGCAGCAGAACAAGGUUCUCUCCACCAAGUGGGAGCUCCUGCAGCAGCAAGGGCCCUCGGGACCCAGGAAGAACCUGGAUGUCAUCUUUGAGAAUUACAUCCAGGGCCUAAGGAGGAGGUUGGAGUCUCUGUUGGGACAGCGGGGAGAGCUGGAAUCCGAGCUGCAGAACAUGCGCCAAUACGUGGAGGAGUACAAAACCAAGUAUGAGGAAGAGAUCAACAGGCGCACUGCUGCUGAGAAUGAGUUUGUGGUGCUGAAGAAGGGUGAAGACACUCCCAUCCAAAACGCCAGCACUCACGCCCCAAGAUGUCAUACCUUCCGAGCGGGAGACAAAUAUGCUGAGUCUCUUCAAACUUUGGUGUCACGAAUUCCCAUUGAAGAUUGGGAAACUUCUAAUAUGCCGAAGGCAAUUUAA